AAUUUUUUCCUGUCCUUGGCGAAUUGUCCUCGAGGACAUUCAAAAGAAAAAAUUAUCGAACAAUGGAAUCCAUUCGCAUUCUACUCGUCGGCAAUGGAGGGCGGGAGCAUACACUGGCUUGGAAGUUGAGCCAGAGUCCAUUGGUUGAGAGCAUUAUUGCUGUCCCAGGUAAUGGCGGAACUGCAACUUGCCCAAAGACUACGAACGAUACUACUGGACUCAAACAGGACGAUUACCCCGGUCUUGUAGCAUUGGCACAGAAGCACAAGAUCAAUCUUGUCGUUCCUGGACCCGAAGUCCCUCUAGUUGAUGGAAUUGAAGGAUAUUUCAAGGCAGUUGGCAUUCGCUGCUAUGGGCCUUCGAAACUCGCUGCUCGCAUGGAAGGAAGCAAGACAUUCUCCAAGGAUUUUAUGAAAAAGUACAAUAUCCCAACUGCGGCAUACGAAAACUUUUCCAGCUACGACGAUGCGAAGAAAUACCUCUAUACAAUCAAUCACAAUGUUGUUAUCAAGGCGAGUGGCUUGGCAGCUGGAAAGGGUGUCAUUAUUCCUUCUACGAAGGAAGAUGCACAUGCUGCAUUGAAGGAUAUCAUGCUUGACCGGGAGUUUGGUUCUGCUGGAGACGAGGUCGUCAUUGAAGAGUUCUUGGAAGGCGAUGAACUCAGCAUCCUCAGUUUUAGUGAUGGAUAUACAAUUCGUUCAUUGCCCCCUGCCCAGGAUCACAAGAGAAUAUUCGAUGGCGAUCAAGGUCCCAACACUGGUGGUAUGGGAUGCUACGCGCCUACCAAUAUCGCUUCGAAGGAAUUAAUUAACGAGGUCGAGAAGACAAUUCUGCAGCCUACUAUCGAUGGCAUGAGACAUGAUCAAAUGCGUUUCGUUGGUACCCUCUUCACCGGGCUUAUGAUCACUAAAAAUGGUCCAAAAGUCCUCGAAUACAAUGUCCGGUUUGGAGACCCAGAGACUCAAACUCUCUUGCCACUCAUGAGCGAGGACAGUGACCUGGCAAAGAUCAUGAUUGCUUGUACUGAUUCCUAUCUGGACUCUCCGUCGGUUACAUUCAAAGUGGAUGCCAAAUCAAGUGCAACAGUUGUAGUUGCCGCUGGUGGCUAUCCUGGAAAAUAUACCAAGGGGAUACCAAUGUCUGUUACUACCCCUCCAACUGACACCAACAUAUUUCAUGCGGGAACGUCCAUCGUGGAGGGACAGUUACAGACGUCUGGAGGUCGUGUUAUUGCCUCACAGGCUACAGCUGAGAAUCUUGAAAAUGCAGUCAAGAAAGCCUAUACUGGUGUGGAAUGUAUCAAAUUCACUGAUAUGUUCUUCCGUAAGGAUAUUGCACAUCGGGCCUUCAAGCCUCCCGCUGCCACGCGGGAAGCACUUACCUAUGCUGCUGCCGGUGUAAGCAUCGAGGAUGGUAACAACUUCGUAGAGGAAAUCAAAAGGGAAGUUGCAUCUACUCGGCGGCCUGGCGCACUUGCCAUUAUUGGUGGAUUUGGCGGUGAACUUGACCUGGCAGAGGCUGGUUAUUCAAAUGGUGGUAUCUUGGUCGGUGCUAUCGAUGGUGUAGGCACCAAGCUCAUGAUUGCUCAAACAAUGACCAAGCAUGAUACCGUGGGCAUCGACUUGGUUGCCAUGAACGUUAAUGACCUGCUCGCAAACGGAGCAGAGCCUCUCAUGUUCCUCGACUAUUACGGUUGCAGUAAGCUUAACACUGCCAACGCUGUAGCUUUCGUCAAAGGCGUGGCAGCAGGAUGCAGACUGUCCCAUGGCGCUUUAGUAGGAGGUGAAACCGCAGAAAUGCCGGGCAUGUACCAGCAAGAAGACUACGAUGCUGCUGGUUGCUCCGUCGGAAUUAUGCUGAAGGAAAAUCGCCUCCCGAAAAAGGACUCCAUGGUCGAGGAAGACAUUAUUCUAGGUCUCGCUUCCGAUGGUGUCCACUCAAAUGGAUUCUCACUCGUACGUCGGAUUAUCGAGCGUGCCAGAAUCUCGUACCAUGAUCCGGCUCCCUGGAAUAAAGAGACAUCCACUGGUUUGAGUCUUCUGACACCAACGAGGAUCUACGUGGCCGCUGUUCUUCCUCUCAUCAAGAAGCGUCUGAUCUUGGGGCUUGCACAUAUUACUGGGGGUGGCUUGACUGAGAACAUUCCUCGAGCAUUACCUGAGCACCUUGCUGCCGAGAUUGAUGUUUCGACUUGGCAAGUACCUCCUGUUUUCAAGUACUUGAAGGAAAAUGGCAAUGUCUCCGGGGUGGAAAUGGCAAAAACUUUCAACAACGGCGUCGGUAUGGUUGCUGUUGUUAGUAAAGACAAUGCUCAACAAGUGGUUUCGGAACUUGAGGCUGCGGGCGAGAAGGUGUACACUAUUGGCAAGCUAGUUCCACGUUCAGCCGAGGGGUGUAUAUUGAAGAAUCUGCAGACUUGGGAUUAAAAUGGUCUUGGUGGCCGUGGCGUUUGGGAGGUUGAUACCAAAAAUGGGAGGUUUGUUUGAUAUUAGUACAUUUUAGAUGUUCCUGUAUAGAAAGAAGAGAUCCU